UGUCAAGAUAUCUAGCUCACUCCCACGCUUCCCACUUCACCUCUCCCUCCAGCCAUCGCGCGGCAAGCGUGACCUCCCCCUCCAGCCCAGCCAGUAGCCACGGGCGGAGCCGAGAGCCAGCGUCUUCCUCGCAUCACUCGGUGCCACGCGCCUCGCCAGCUCCAGCGCGGCGCCGGCCAGAAGCAGCACGCCCGUAAUUCCGGCGCGAGCGCGCGCACACACUGCCGGAACGAACGGGGCGAGCGAUGGGGCUGCUGUCGCACCGGGUGGAGCGGUCGGAGCUAAAGCCCGGCGACCACAUCUACACAUGGCGCGCCGCCUACUCCUACUCCCACCACGGUAUUUACGUCGGCGGAAGCAAGGUGGUGCAUUUCACAACGAAGAAAGAAGCGGGAACGGCGGGCCUUGACUCCGCCAUGGCUAUCUCCAGCCUCAUUUCCGCCGGCUCACCGGAGUGCCCGACCUUCCCGGACUGCGGCUUCCAGCUCCCCGACAGCGGUGUCAUCCUCACCUGCCUCGACUGCUUCCUCCGCGACGGCGCCCUCCACGGCUUCGAGUACGGCGUCCCUCCCGCCGUGUUCCUCGCGAAGCUCCGCGGCGGCACCUGCACCACCGCCGCGUCCGACCCGGCGGAUGCCGUGGUGCACCGGGCGAUGUACCUGCUCCAGAACGGGUUCGGCAGCUACGACGUGUUCGAGAACAACUGCGAGGACUUCGCGCUCUACUGCAAGACCGGGCUCCUGCUGCCGCCCGAGCAGGGCAUCGGGAGGAGCGGCCAGGCGGCCUCCGCCGUCGGCGUGCCGCUGGCGGCGCUCUUCUCGACUCCGUUCAGGCUCAUGUCGGCCGGCCCGCUGGGCAUGGCCGCCGUCACGGCGGGGAUGUACUGCGCCGGCAGGUACAUCACCGACAUUGGGGUGAGGAAGGACGUGGUGAAGGUCGAGGUGGAGAACCUGUCGGCGCAUCUCGGCUGGCGUCGGGCUAAAGCCAAAGAAGAAGAAUGGGUGAAGAAGAAACAGCAACCCGCUAAGGUGACGAGGUUGCUGCCGCUGAAGAGGAAACGUGACAGUGAUUUGCAUUUGCAAUCCGUGAAGUGACCAGGAGCUGCUCUUGUGAUACUUUGUGUUUGAUCUGUGUAGUUUGGAGUUUGUACUUCACAGAAUAAGCCGGUAAGGCCCAAUAGUGCAGUAUAGAUAUCGAAGGUGAAGUCUUUUUACUUGAGCUAUUCACUCUGUAUCCUGUUAGACGUGUCAAGGAGUUUGCGUAGUUGGACGACCAGGUUAUAAUCGGUUAGUUUUAUAUAGUUUAUUUAUCUGUUUCUGCUCUGUGAAUUACCAUAGAUCAUAGUAUAAUUCAAUAAAGUGUGUUUCGGUGAUUGAAAA